AUGAGCCAUGAAUUCAGUGGCUCUGGUGAAGAAUAUCUCGCCCGCUUUCGUUUCAAUUGGCUCAUGGAGGAGUGGACUGAAGAAGUUGCGCGAGUCCGGCCGACAGAUCCCUUUUCUUACCUUUUGGGUUUAAUCCAGGCGUACAGGGGUGGAGAGGAUAAUUUUGUAACUUGCAAGAACGACUGGUGUCGGGCUUUUGUCCCACAGUCCCAACGUGGGGCACAUUUACUCAAAUGCGCCACUGAUGUUCAGUUGGUACAGUGCCCAAACUGUCGUUUGCGCAUAAAGGAGUCAGACUAUCGGCAACAUAAGCAGAAGUGCCUGUUGCACCAGUGCGUGUAUUGCGGCGAGAGAGUGCCCGCCCGCCUGAUUGAGUGUUGCCCAAGUAAGGUCAGAAUGAACAAUGAAAUUAGUAGCAGGGCUCGUUCGAGCCCUAACAUUGGUAAAGGCAACAAACAUGCUUCAACUGAGGGUGCGGCAACCUCACAUCAUGAGAAACUGUGGGAUGAGCCCCCUCUGGCACCGUUUUCAAAAUUCUCGCGGAUCAAGUUGGAUUUUCCUGAGCGAAAUAGGAACCCCCUGACACGCCUUCAAAGGAUGUGGCGCAGUGCUUCCAUCUACGAGCGAAUGCUGGACACAGCGUUUAAGCAGGUGUGGAAUGGCAUUGAGUUCCGCCGCGUUUCCCGAGGACCACCCGAACUCGGUGGCUGCAUCUCCACAAGGUCACGGUCUCACUCCCCCAGGCAACGGCCAUCCUCUCCCAACACGGCCGAACCGGCGGAUUACUCCAUAACUAUGGAAGAAUACGUUGACAUCAGCGAGUCGAUCCUUUCAGGAGGAGUUGUGUGCUUUAAGAUAGCCGUGCGAAUAUUGACCAAUGCCAUUGCCAUUAUGUCCAAGCGCUCGGCUGUGCUGCGCGUGAAUAUUCCUGAUGGUGGUGACGCCGUUGUUGUGGGAGAUUUGCAUGGACAGUUGAAGGACCUUGCGUUAGUGCUAAACCGUCUCUGCGGCCUUCCUUCACCUAGGAGGUAUUAUGUCUUCAACGGUGAUUAUGUUGACCGCGGUUCCAACGGUGUGGGUGUGCUUCUGCACGUUUUACUUUUACAGUGUCUCUUUCCCGAUUAUGUGUUCAUCAAUCGUGGCAACCACGAAGACUCUCGUGUGAAUGCUGAGUAUGGUUUUCAAGCGGAAGUGUUUAGCAAGUACACCUACUGGGAGGCUAAACAACUCCUUGACUUGUUCUCGGCGAGUUACGACGUCAUGGCGUGGGCUACUCUUGUGGAUGAGGAUGUGAUUGUGGUGCAUGGUGGGGUUCCACGGAACGGCGCUACGGUGGCUGAAAUUGAGGCUGUGGGUCGCGUGACGAAGUUUUCGGCUCUGGAGCCGCGAACAGACGGCGAGCGGUUGGCCUCAGAGCUCCUGUGGAAUGAUCCUGUGGAUACUUAUCUUUCCCGUAGGAUAGGGGUGAGGCAUCAAGGUGCGAAUUGGCGGAGCAGCGUGCGGGGCGUUGGUGUGGAGUAUCUUGAACCCAUCACUGAGAAUUUUCUGCGGUUAAAUAAACUGAAACUCGUUGUCCGUUCCCAUCAGAUGGUGCAGGCAGGGUUUCAGUUUGUUCAUGGGCGUAGUAACUGUACGGUUUUUAGCGCAUCAAACUACACUGGUGUUUCCAACAAUCGUGGAGCCAUCGCAGUGUUGGAAAAGGGUUCUGUGCAGCCGACCUUUCACACAUGGUUUUUGCGAGAUGCCGAAACGGUGGUGAGGGACGUUGUUAUGAGUGAUCUGCUGGAGGGACUCACCGACUUUUCACGCGGUGUGGAUGCUGAAGAGUCGCCGGUUGGGCAAGACGGCAACGGUUCCGGCGACACCAAAGCCAUGGGGGGAGUUUCGAGUGUUAAGGAUGGGGAAUCUCCCUCACAUCAUGAGAGUCCACGCGCCAAGACUGUUGAUAGUUCCAGAAAGGCUGGCCCAGUCCAUUCACCAAUUGAGUUGGUGCGGUGCGUGGACGAUACAAGGGAGCGGAUGCUGGCAAGGGCACGCAUGCUUGAUGUCCUCGUCGGAAUUAUCUAUAGCAGCCGGUACUCCUUACUUUCCUCAUUUGUCAGAGCGGAUAGUGGGAAGAAUGGCACCAUCCACAAGGUCGAAUGGUGUGAUAUCAUGCGGAAGGUCCUAAACAUGGACAUACCGUGGUACUUUCUAGCUCCGUACCUUGUUGGGUCGUCUUAUGAAGAGGGAUCGCCAUAUAUACGGUAUGUGACCUUUCUUCGCAGGUUCAACCCAUGCUUCACGUCACUGUUCUCAGCUCGUUUCCAAACGGCGUUGCUGCGUCACGUUUUUCGUGAUGUUGACAUGCCUGGUGACCUCUUGUCAUGCAUUACAACGGACCAUUUUGCCGAAGAGCAGCCGAUCACAGAUGAUAAUGGCAAAUUCAUCGGGAGCGGAGUAACUCUCUCCCCCAGUGGUUUAAUGUUGAAUUUGGCUGAAAGAACAGGUGACGGAUGUAGGGGAAUCCCGAAUACAAUGGGGGGAUCUUCCGUCCUACCGUCGGGCGGAUGUUGCGGAGGAGGCAACCAGAGGGAUGACUCUUGGCGGAAAAUAAGGUUGAGUUUCAACUCUCUGGUUUCAGCGCUCCGCUCCAUUUCACGUGCCGGUGGGAUGAUGGAGGACAACACUAUAUUCACUCUAUUUCAAAUCUUUGACAAGGAUGCGUGUGGACAUGCGGCAGUGGGUGACAUCGUUGACGUUGUUGAUAGUGUCGGUGUCGAGGAUUCUGAUGAAUCUGUGGUUUUGGACCUCACCGGGUCGUUUGACAUCGAUUUUUUCCCCCAGAGAGGCUCUGAUGAGAAGCCAGCAGCCGGAACAACAGUGUUGUGUGACGAGCCUAGCGGUGUGUCCGCAGACGCUGUCAUUCCCAUGCCUUCCCCGGUAUCCAAAGCAGGAGAGUACUGCGACGAUUGGACUCCAGCAAACUCAGCUAGCAGUACAGCGCUAGCUUCUUAUACGCCGGCGCAUGUCGAAAUGGCUGUGGACUCAGAUGAGGAAUCUUCAACGCACUCGUCAUCCGUGUUGUGGAGCCGACAAUCCGUAAGUGCCACUAUGAGCGACUUGGAUUGCAUGAGAGUAUAUCCUGUCUUGCUGCAUUUGCACGAGAGGUUUGCCUGUGAUACCAUCCGAUCAACCCUGCAACACUUUAAGGCACUCAACAACACGCACGAUGGGAAACUGACAUUUGAUCAAUUUGCCGUUACUUUUAAUCACAUUGGUCGAUGCAUGCUGGAUCCGCCAACACGUCAAGAGCAGCAAAUUAUAUUUUGUCUAAUACGCGACGUGGGGCAACACCUUCUUGGAUCGGCGGAGUGUUGUAGUUUGUCAGAGUCCUUGGGGGUGUUGAGCAGGGCAUUGUCGAGGGCGUCGUCCCUGAGGUGCCAAGUGGCGUUACUCAAAAGUGUUGUGAACAACAUCGGCGUAAAAAAUGCUCAAGCAGAUUACCUCACGAGAGACCAGUUUGUUACAUUCUUCUCUACCGUAUCUAUUUCGCACGGCGAGCACUCAUGCCAUUAUGACGAUCACGUCGCUGAAAGUGGCUGUAAAGAAUGGACCACCAACUUCGGAGAGUCUGGCAGUUGCAACAGUGGAGAUACUUCUAAAGUGGGCGCGCUAAAACUGUGUCCGUUGUGGUGUUUAGAUCAGUGCGUGCCGUCGGAGGACACGGCAGCCGUUGCUACCGCUGUGGGAUCUGCUGAUGCCGAGACACGAGCUGAGCGACCGUCCGCAGUGCCACCUGUGCAGGCAGAUGGGCGGGAGGAUGCUUUUGCGCGGCGGGAGGGCAGGAGGCGACGCCGAUUACCCCGAACCAUGCUCCCUCGGUGUGCAAAACAGGAGCGAUUACCAAUAAGCUGCGUCGCGCGAAGCCCGCACGCCGCGCCAUCACGAUUCAAUUCAGAACAGCAGUCCCCGCUCCUAAGGUAUCGUUCUGAACAGCAGUCACCGUUACCGCGAAUCGGUUCUGAACAGCAGUCACCGCUGCACAGACGAGCCCUACGGUCAUGUCGCGGGCAUCUAAACCGCGAUCGCGCGCGACAGCGAACCGGAUUCUCGUCCCCCUUAAGCAGUGACCACACCUCCGGGUCGGUACGGGAGGGGUCUCCUUCUCCCAUUCCUCCACAAGCUCCGUACGGCGAGAUGGUACCAACUUCAGAGUCGCUUGCAGCCAAUGCAACGGGGAGAUCGACAUGCCGGGACAAUUUCUCCUUAUCUAGUACGCUGCUUGGAGGUGACGGUGACCAUUCUGGUUAA